UGUGCGCGUCAAAGCCCGAAGUGGGAGGCUGAUUUGUGGAGCAUCACGCCCCAGCUCCUCUCCCCAAGCCUCUCCUCCGUCGUCGGCAGCGGCCAAGGGAUAGAGCCGAGCAGGGGGAGGGGAAGAGCGACACCCAUCCCCCUCCCUCCAGCCCUCCCGCGUUCAGAUUCAACUGCACCUUUUAUUAUUUUAACUCUUCUCCCUAGGACGCGCGGCCCCGGGAUCUGUCCCUCCGGCAGUCGCGGUCCCCGCUCCCGCGCCCGGAGAUGGGACAGCGAGGGACCCGCUCGCGGUCGGCCGGCGUGUGCGGGGAGGUGCGGCCGCUGCGCCCGCUCGCCAGAGUCUGACGGGUCUCGAGGGAAGGAGAGGCAGGUCGGAGACAGGUGCAUAGGCUGGCUAUGGUGACGGGACGAUGUUGGCCAGAAAGAGCAUCAUCCCCGAGGAGUAUGUGCUGGCGCGCAUAGCCGCGGAGAACCUGCGCAAACCGCGCAUCAGGGACCGCCUGCCCAAGGCCCGCUUCAUCGCCAAGAGCGGGGCCUGCAACCUGGCGCACAAGAACAUCCGGGAGCAAGGACGGUUCCUCCAGGACAUCUUCACUACCUUGGUGGACCUGAAAUGGCGCCACACCCUGGUCAUCUUUACCAUGUCGUUCCUCUGCAGCUGGCUGCUCUUCGCCAUCAUGUGGUGGCUGGUGGCCUUUGCCCACGGGGACAUCUAUGCUUACAUGGAGAAAAGUGGGAUGGAGAAAAGUGGCUUGGAGUCCACCGUGUGUGUGACUAACGUCAGGUCUUUCACCUCUGCUUUCCUCUUCUCCAUUGAAGUUCAAGUGACAAUUGGGUUUGGCGGGAGAAUGAUGACAGAGGAAUGCCCUCUGGCCAUCACAGUCCUGAUUCUCCAGAACAUUGUGGGUUUGAUCAUCAAUGCAGUCAUGUUGGGCUGCAUAUUCAUGAAAACAGCCCAGGCUCACAGAAGGGCGGAAACCUUGAUUUUCAGCCGCCAUGCGGUGAUCGCAGUCCGAAAUGGCAAACUGUGUUUCAUGUUCCGUGUGGGCGACCUAAGGAAAAGCAUGAUCAUCAGUGCAUCGGUGCGCAUCCAGGUGGUCAAGAAAACCACGACACCCGAAGGGGAGGUGGUGCCUAUUCACCAACUAGACAUUCCCGUUGAUAACCCCCUUGAGAGUAAUAACAUUUUUCUGGUGGCCCCUUUGAUCAUCUGCCACGUGAUUGACAAGCGCAGCCCCUUGUAUGAUAUCUCCGCCACUGACCUUGCCAACCAAGACCUGGAGGUCAUCGUGAUUCUGGAAGGAGUGGUCGAAACUACUGGCAUUACCACCCAAGCGAGAACCUCCUACAUCGCUGAGGAGAUCCAAUGGGGCCAUCGCUUCGUGUCCAUCGUAACCGAGGAGGAAGGCGUGUAUUCCGUGGAUUACUCCAAAUUUGGCAACACCGUGAAGGUAGCGGCUCCGAGGUGCAGCGCCCGAGAGCUGGACGAAAAGCCUUCCAUUCUUAUCCAAACCCUCCAGAAGAGUGAACUGUCCCACCAGAAUUCUCUGAGGAAGCGCAAUUCCAUGAGAAGAAACAAUUCCAUGAGGAGGAAUAAUUCCAUCCGCCGGAACAAUUCAUCCCUCAUGGUGCCCAAGGUGCAAUUUAUGACUCCAGAAGGAAAUCAGAACACGUCGGAAUCCUGACAACAACACAACCCCCAGAAAGUCUUUGAUAAGAUGUUGAAGAGUUUCUACAGGGCACAGACUGAAACAGAGCUGGAACACAAUAAUUUGUCCUUCUUUAUCUUAACGCACUAAAUGAUAUGCAUAUUCCAACAGCAGCACUUUCUGUGUCAAUAAACAGUAACACACAAGCUGGAGGGUUCU